AUGUCGACAGGCGCCGACUGGAUCUCGCAGCAUGAUCUGCUCCGGAUAGACUACGCUAUGCUGGCCAUGACAUCGACAGUCUUUGUUGCACGGAUUGGUGUGCAAGCGUGGCGGCGCAAACCCAUCGAAGCGCAGGACAUCUUGCUCUACAUUGCUUUCGCGGCCUACUUGGCUUUCACUAUCCUCUACAUCGUCAUCACGCCUAUCUUCUUCAAAAUCCAGGAAUUACAACUCGGUCGCAUUGUGCCAUGGCCUACUAUGAUGAAAGACGUCAUUCUCGCAUCGAGAGUCAUGUGGCAGAGCGGAAUCGAGUACUGGACAUGUCUCUGGUUCGUCAAGUUCUCACUGUUGGCGUUGUACAAAAAGCUGCUUUCUGGAAUGCCCAAGAAGUAUCUAUACAUCUGGUGGGGUACACUGAUCUUCUGCGUCGUGACAUGGUCUACCUGUAUCAUCACAGGCCCUGGGCUAGCAUGUAACGACACCAAAGCGUUCUUCGACAAGGGCGCUGUGUGCUCGUCGCCCGAAGAAACUCGCCGACAAACAGCAAAUCUCUACUACGCGUACGCAGUAGACACUGUAACGAACAUGAUGGUCAUGUUUCUCCCAAUCCGGCUCAUUUGGAAUCUGCAAAUGGAGAAGCCCAAGAAGAUUGGUUGCGGGUUACUGUUCGCCUCCGGUCUUGUAUGCAUACUUUUUUCGACUAUACGCAUCGUGCAGGUUGGUCAGGACGGAAAGCCUCGAUCGCCAGACCCGAAAUGGCUGACUAUGUGGACUAUCAUCGAAUGUUCAACAGCUGUCAUCAUCGGCUGCUGUCCAGUACUUGCAUCCGUCGUACCCAAACGCCGUACACGGCCAUCAGAUACCGUCUCCUAUGAUACCCAAGGGUACAUUCGACAGUCACCCAACCGGUCUGGCGAAGGUGCGCCAAGAAGUCACGGCUUGAGAAACAUACUCAGCUCUAAAAACCGGGAGAAGAGCAGUGAGAAGAACUCGGGCAACAUUAGCAUAUCGAGAACUGGGCACGAGAGUGAAGAAGAGCUCCCACCACGUCGCACAGAAGGCGCUGGUAUUCUUAUCACAGACGAGAUACGAGAGCAGUAUAGGCUACGUAUGAAAGAGGACCAACGCAUGGAAGAAGCGCGCCUAAAGCUUGAGCAGUCGCAGGUGUGA